GGUAUGUUUAAAUAAAAUAUUGUAAAACAAUUAAUCUAUAAUUAGUCUUAGUAAGGAUUAACAGUAUUAUUCUUAAUAUAACUUUGAAUAAUUAUUAAUCAACAUGCAAGCUACUGAAGAAUUUCCUUUCCCUUUUUCUCCAUAUUCCAUUCAAGUUCAAUUUAUGAAAGAAUUGUAUAAUUGUUUGGAAAAUGCUAAAUUGGGAAUCUUUGAAAGUCCAACUGGUACUGGUAAAUCCAUGUCAAUUAUCUGUGGUGCUUUAAAGUGGCUUUUGGAUCAUGAAGAACUACAGAAGAACCAAUUGACCACAGCAAUUUCUGAUCUUGAUGAAAAAAUAAAAAAUUGUACCAAUUUAUCUAAUAAUUGGUUCUCUGUACAAACUGAACAAAUACAGUUAAAUAAGGAGAAACAAUUGCUUCAAGCAAAGUUAAAUAGUAUUCUUCAAUAUGAGCAUAAGAAGAAUAAUCUAAAAGAAGCAACUAAAAAUGUAAACAGAAAGAAGAAAUUACAUAGUCAGAGUAAUAUAAAUCGUAUAAAAAAUGAUAUUGAUAUAGAAAAGAAGGAGUCAGCUGAUGAACUUAAUGAUAAAGAAACCAAUAUAGAAGAAGAGAUACUUUUGGACGAUAUAAUGCAGCAUUCAGAAAGUUCUGAGGAUGAAGACAAAGAGGAAGAAGAAAUUUUUGAGAAUACUAAAAUCUUUUUUUGUUCUAGAACUCAUUCACAAUUAUCACAAUUUAUAAGAGAAAUCAAGAAAAGUCCUUAUUCAAAAAAUGUAUCUGUUGUUCCAUUGGCAUCUAGGCAAAAUUAUUGUAUUAAUAAAAAUAUAAGAAGACUAAAGCAUCAAAGUUUAAUUAAUGAACAAUGUUUACAAUUACAAAAGAAGAAAGCUACUGUUAAAGAGGAGAAAGAUGUUAAAAGAAAGAAAGUAGCAACUAGUUGUCCUUUUAUGCCAGGAAAUCAGGAUUUACUGAUAGGGGAAACGGUAAUAGAAAUUCAGGAUAUUGAAGAGAUUGUACAAAAGGGAGAAGAUCUGAAAACUUGUCCAUACUAUGCAUCAAGAAAAGCUAUUCCAUGUGGUCAGUUAAUAUUAGUGCCAUAUAAUUCUGUAUUACAUAAAAAUACUAGAAUUAGUUCAGGAAUUAAUUUAAAAAGAAAUAUAUUGAUAAUUGAUGAAGCCCAUAAUUUACUUGAGGCUAUUGAAAAAAUGCACAGUGUUAUGAUUACAGGCAGAAAUUUAUUGCACUGUUAUAGUCAACUUUCACAAUAUUUAAAGAGGUAUCAAACUUUAUUUUCUGCAAAAAAUUUUCUGUACCUUAAUCAGUUAAGCUUUUGUUUAAAAAAGCUUUUAACUAUUUUUGGAGCUACUACAAAAUCAAAUCCUGAUGACGUUAUAAGUGCAGAAACAACGUCAAAGUCUUACAAAAUAGAAGAAUUUGAAAUAAAAACAGAAAUUGAUACAAUAAAUAUAUUCGACUUGUUAAAAUUUAUUAAAAAUUCUCGAUUAAGUCAUAAAUUACAAAGCUUUGUAGAACAAUAUGAAAAUAAUGUAAAAAUCCAUAGUCAUGAUGUAAAAAAAUCUGGUAUAAAGCAGUUUUUAAAUUCUAUUAAAGCUAAACCUGCAGAAUGCAGUACAUCUGAUACAGUCACAGCAUCAGUGAAUGAAGAACAAUCAAAUAACCCUUUAAUAUUAAUAAUAAGUUUCUUAGAGUGUUUACAAAAUAGAUGCACUGAUGGACGUAUAUUUGUUGCUCCUUGUUCAACUAUUGGACAAAGUAUUAUAAAAUUCCAGUUAUUAAAUCCAGCAGCACAUUUCCAUGACAUUAUUCAAGAUUCUAGAGCUGUAAUAUUAGCUGGUGGAACAAUGGCACCAAUGAAUGAAUUUACAGAGCAGUUAUUUAUGGCAGCAGGUGCUGAAUCUGAAAGAAUUGUUACAUUUUCAUGUGAUCAUGUAGUUCCUCAAGAAAAUAUAAUAUGCUCAGUUGUAACUCAUGGUCCUACUGGUGUUGAAUUUGAAUUUAAUUUUCAAAAUCGACAGAAUACAAAAUUGUUAGAUGAGUUAGGGAGAGCCUUAUUAAAUUUAUGUAAUAUUGUACCCGCUGGCAUUGUAGUAUUUUUACCCUCUUAUAAUUUCGAGGAAUUAGUGUACAAGCACUUAGAAAAAUCUGGUAUUAUAGAAAAAAUUUCGGUAAAAAAAUGUGUUCUUCGAGAACCGAAAUCAUCUUCUCAGGUCAAUGAAAUUUUGGAACGAUACGCAGUUCAUAUAGAAAGACCGAAAAGUCCACAAAAUGGUUCAUUAUUAUUUAGUGUAGUAGGUGGGAAACUAAGCGAAGGAUUGAAUUUUUCUGAUAAUUUGGGAAGAUGUAUUAUAGUUGUAGGAAUGCCUUAUCCAAAUAUUAAAUCAUUAGAACUACAAGAGAAAAUGAGAUAUUUAAAUGAAAAUGUUAAACCAAAUGCUGGUCAAAGUUUAUAUGAAAAUUCAUGUAUGAAAGCAGUCAAUCAGUGUAUUGGACGAGCAAUUCGACAUAUCAAUGAUUAUUCGACGGUAAUAUUAUUAGAUAAACGUUAUUGUCAUAAAACGAAAGCUCUUCCACAAUGGAUUCAACGUACUUUAAUGAUCCAUAAUAGUUUUGGUAGCAUGAUUGGUGCUAUGGCUAAAUUUUUUAGUAAAAAGAAGCAAGUAAAAGUAACAAACAAUACUAUUUAGUAUUAUAUU